AAGUUUGUGGUGAAAUACUUCGGAAGGACCCCUCUUUGGAUUUUGAAACCACGUACGCCAUGGUUCGUCGUGAUGCUCACCGCCGCUUGCUCACUCCUCCACCACAGGUGGACGCUUCCGACACUGUUGCUUUGUUCACUCGGCGCUCUAAACCUUCACAGCCCAGAAAAUCUAUCCCAAAUGAUGGUUCCUUAUCCCGCAGUUUUGAGCUUGGUAGUAAAUCCAGGUCUUGCACCCACUGUGGUGGAACUGGUCAUACCAAAGCUAGAUGUUAUGAGCUGAUUGGUUAUCCUGACUGGUGGGAUCCAGCCAAAGCUCCUACCAAGCGCACGACUCAACCAUCUCCGGCUAAGGCACACCAUGUCUCAACAGAACCUACAGAACCUGCUAUUCCAACCCCUGCCGAGUUUACUGCAAAUCUUGCCACUACAGAUAAUGAUGGACAUUCGCACUCGGAAGACAAUUGGUUAUGGUACUAGAAGAGGGAAGCUAUAUUAUCUUGAUCUCCAGCCUGAAAGUACAACUCAACUUACUAAAGCUCUUACCGUGGAAGGCUCUCCUAUUCUCAAACCAACACCAGAAUCCGAGAUUUGGUUGUGGCAUCGCCGUUUAGGACAUGUCUCUUUUGGCUAUUUACGAAAGUUAUUUCCUAGUUUGUUCUCAAAGUGUUCUGACUUGAUGUUCAAGUGUGACAUUUGUGAGUUGGCCAAAAGCCAUCGGGUUUCUUUUCCACUAAGAAUGAAUAAAAGCUCUUUUCCCUUCA